UCUGGAUUCGCUACUUUCAUUCGGCUCACUGAGGUUUCAACUCGCGACACAAGCGGCUGUCCGUCACUCUCACCUGCUGAAAAUGAUCCUCAAAUUCACCUGUCUGCUCGGAUUGCUGCUCUGCGGCUGUCAAGCGGUGCUUCAGGUGUCAAUUUCACUGAAUAAAGUGGAACUGAGUGUUGGAGAAUCCAAAUUCUUCACAUGCACAGCCAUUGGUGAGCCGGUGAGCAUAAACUGGUUCAGUCCUCAAGGCGAGCGCAUCAUUUCUAAUCAGAGAGUCAUCGUGCACACGGAGGGCGUGCGGUCCAGACUGACCAUCUACAACGCCAUCAUCGAGGAUGCUGGGAUUUACCGAUGCCAGGCCGUGGACGCCAAAGGACAAAGCCAGGAGGCCACGGUGGUGCUGGAGAUUUACCAGAAGCUGACGUUCCGUGAGGUGAAGACGCCGCAGGAGUUUCGUCAGGGCGAGGACGCUGAGGUCAUCUGUGAUGUGAUCAGUUCACCGGUGCCGGCCGUCUCCUGGUUCUACAAGAACAGAGAAAUCACAUCUGAACCCAACAGCAGAUUUCAGGUCCUUCCCAGCAACAACCUGCAGAUCGUGCGAGUGAGUAAAGCUGACGAGGGAGUGUAUCGCUGCGAGGCGCGAGUGGAGGCCAGAGGAGAAAUCGAUUUCAGGGACAUUGUGGUGCUGGUCAACGUUCCUCCGGUUCUGUCAGUGCCGCAGCAGUCCUUCAACGCCACCGCCGACUACCAGGAGUCCGUGACGUUCACCUGCAUCACGUCCGGCUCCCCUGACCCUCAGGUGACCUGGUACUGGAAGGGUCACGUGAUCGAGCGAUCGGAGCAGUACGUGUUGAACGCGCUGGACGGAGGCAAAAGCACGCUGACGGUCAAAAACAUCCGGCAGGGGGACGGCGGGCCGUACACGUGCCGCGCCAGCAACAAGGCCGGGAGCUCCGAGAGCCAGCUCUUCCUCAAAGUGUUCGUCCAGCCGCACAUCACUCAGCUGAGGAACGUGACGGCGGUGGAGGGAAGCGCUGCUAUGAUCUCCUGUACGGCGGAAGGAGAACCGCUGCCCGAGAUCUCGUGGAGGAGAGCCAGUGACGGACAGACGUUCACAGACGGAGAUAAGAGUCAGGACGGCCGUGUGGAAGUGCGCGGACGCCACGGAAAAUCCAUGCUGACCAUCAGCGGCGUUCGACUCUCAGACUGGGGCCGUUUCGACUGUGAAGCUCUCAGCAGGAUCGGAGGCCAUCAGAAGAGCAUGUUCCUAGAUAUCGAAUAUGCACCCAAGUUCCAGACCAAUCAAUCCAUCUUCUACUCGUGGGAGGGAAACCCGGUAAACAUCAGCUGUGAUGUGAAGUCCAACCCUCCAGCCACCAUGCUGUGGAGACGAGACCGCUUCACCAUCUCUAGUCAAGGGACCAGCAACAUCCGCAUUCACAGCGCAGAGGGUCGAUCGCUUCUAGAGGUCACUCCAGUGUCCGACAGGGACUUUGGACGCUACAACUGCACGGCCAGAAACAACAUCGGCGCUCGAUACCAAGAGUUUAUAUUAGCGCAGGCAGACGUCCCAUCGCACCCGUACUCCGUUCGCCUCACCGCCGUGUCCCAGCGUCUCGCCACCGUCUCCUUCAUGAAGCCCGACUCUCACGGCGGCGUCCCCAUCAGCUACUACAUCAUCAACUACAAAGACACGAGCGCACAGGACUGGAGGACGGUCAGGUCACAUGGAGUUCAGACCACUGUGGUCCUGGCUAACCUGGAGCCCAACACGACGUAUGAGGUGCGCGUGGCGGCCGUCAACGGAAAGGGUCAGGGUGAUUUCAGCCACAUGGAAACCUUCCAGACGUUACCCAUCCGCGAGCCGAGUCCUCCGACGGUUCACGGACAGAGAGGCGUCGGGAAAGCCUACAGACUCGGACUGAUCAAACAGGAUGACGGCGGGAUGCCCAUCGUGGAGUACAUCGUCAAAUAUAAAACGGAUAAAGAGGAGCAGUGGAUGACCAAGCUGGUUCCCGGAAUGAACGAUUUUGCGCUGCUGCAGCCGCUGCAAUGGAACACGCGCUACAACGUGGAGAUCACGGCGCGCAACGUCAAGGGCCUGUCGGAGCCCACCUUCUUCCAGUUCCUCAUGCCGCAGAAACCCGACAUCACAGCAGAUUCCCUGUUCAGCGGCCUGGGCCUCGGCGCGGUGGUGGGUCUCGGCGUAGCGGCUCUUCUUCUGCUGCUGGUGCUGGUGGACGUCAGCUGCUUCUUCCUGCGCCAGUGCGGCCUCCUCAUGUGCAUCACCCGCAAGCUCUGCAGCAAGAAAACCUCCACCAGCGGCAAGAGCAAAGAGCUGGAGGAGGGCAAAGCAGCGUAUCUGGUUGAUGGCUCGAAGGAGCCCAUCGUGGAGAUGAGAACUGAAGAAGAGAGAAUUACUAACCAGGAGGACGGCAGUCCAGUGCACGAACCCAAUGAGACGACUCCUCUGACAGAGCCAGAGAAGCUCCCGCUGAAGGAGGAGAACGGCAAGGAGGCGCUGAAGCCGGAUCUGAUCGAGAUCAAGGUCCACACGGACAACAGCAUCCACACAAAACAGGACGACAGCAAAGCGUAAUGGAGCCCGGAGACAUUCCCAGCCCCGACAAACUCAGACCAAAAUGUAGAAAGCAGAAAAUACCAUAAAAGAGAAACGAAAAGAGAAGAAAAAAAAAAAGUUGUGCGGCCAAUGAAGGGCGUGUAAAUAUGUUCAAAUACAAACAGAGACUGCGGUUUUGUGAUAAAUCUACUGUCCUUUCUAUUCACGAAGACUCCAGCACUGCUUUUCGGUUGGCGUUUGCGUCUCGAUGUUUUGGUUUUGGAUCUCACAAAUGAAUUUCCAAGCCUUUCUUCAACUUUCCAGGCAUGUCGAGUCAAAUUAUUAUUAUUUUUUUCCCAGCGGGACGUCGUAUUGUGUCUAUAGUCUUGAUGAUUUCAGAUUCUGGGCUUCUCAUCUCAAUGUGUUCGAGACUUCAUUGGCUUUUUCGAUGUUUUGGUAGGACUUUUCCAUGGAGAAAAUCCCUCGAUUGGAUUUCUUCUAUUUUUCCAGGCAUGUCCAGCGAGAACUAGGCGGUGCGUCUUAUGUCGACUUCUGAAGCUUGAAAACCUCAUCGGUUCGUGUUUUCCAUCUCGUCGUCAUGAGUUUUAAACGCAGGGGUCACUUCGCAAAAGAAACCUGCCCAAACUUUGUAGGAAAGUGACUUUGUAGUUUGGAUUUGCUCAACUGCCAUGAUGCCAGAUGAAACGCUCUUCUUAAUUUAUGUUGAUUAAUGUGCGCACGUGUGAGUGUUUGUGAGUAUGUGAGUACACAAAUACACGCGAAUGUUUGAUCGACGCUUUGCGAGCGCAGUGUUGUUGUCUCAAAUGUCUCAAACCAGGCGUGUUGUUGUUCAGGUAACUGCUGCAAACCUCUCAACAGUUUAACUAACUUGCUCAGGAGGAUUAUCUUCAAACGGUUAGUCCAUCAUGACUAGUAGUUAAGCUGGAAAGCGACUUUGUCGCCCCCUGGAGUUCAGUCCUGUUUUAGUAUUGUUUAUAUUAUUAUAGUAUUUAUUAAUAUUUUUACAUUUUUCAUUUGAAUUUUAGUUACAUUUUUUAUAAUUGUAUUAUGCAGUGUAAAAAGUUUUCACCAGUUUCAACUUAAAAACUUAAGUUCAGCAGCUGUCUUAAAAUUAAGUUAAAUCAACUUAAAAGUACAAGUCAUUUGAACUCUUUUUAUUGUUGUGAACUGAAUUUGUAGUUUAAAGUUGAUUGAACUUAAUAUUUUAAGGCAGCUACUGAACUUAAGUUUUUAGGUUGAUACUUUAGGUUAAUAUUUUACAGUGUGUGUUUUUGUUACUUUUACUACACUGUAAAAAAAAUAGUUGUUUCAACGUAAAAUAAUUUACCUCGCUGACUUAAAUAACUUAAAAUUUCAAGUUGACUAAACUAAAAAUUUUAAGUCAGCUGGAUAACAAAUUAUAUUAAGUUUGAACAACUUUUUAAAAUAAUUAUUUUUUUUGUUUGCACUUUUGGUUUUUCAAAAUUAUUUUUAUUAAAAUACAAUAAUAUAUUUUAAUUUUAAUGAAUGCAUUAAUAUUUUA